AUGAGCUACGUGUGCCAACAAUGUAAAGAGCCACUCCAGCUUGAUGCAUCAUUGGUAGAUCUCGCACCCUCUGCUUAUGACAUGAUUGUAGCCUCUUUGCCUUCUGUGCCAGCCUCGCGUGCGCGCUAUGCAACAGACUCAGAGGUCGAGAAAAUAGCUCAACUUCCAUCCCCAUCUGCAAGCAAAGCAGCAUGGCAGCAGGCUGCACCAUCAGACAACAACCCGAGGGCAUCACCACCCCUUUCUACUCGAGCUCAAGGGAAACAACCCCAGCGCAACUUUCCAGCACCGAAUGAGUCAUUUGUGCUCCUGCAGGAGAGCAUGAUACGCAGUAUACCUUCUCCAGUCCCAGGGGCUGCAAUGCCUAAGAAGGCUACUCUCGGUAACCAAAAGAACUUCCCAGCCAAAAACACUCAUCCACUACCUGCACACCAGCAACCUGAGCCAGACCAUUCGAACCCAACACCUAUCUCACAUCACCUGCGCUCCACUAUGAGGCUUUUUAAUGUGCUUUCUACCCGGUCUGACAUUGAUCACCCUUUGUGCGCGGAAUGCACACAAAUUCUUCUUUCAUCACUUCAAAGGCAGCUUGACGAGACAAAGAAAGAGCGUGAUGGUUAUAUCGCAUUCGAGAAGGAGGUUCGGAAGGAAAGAGAAAGGGAGAGCUUGGACCUCAGUAGACAGGAUGCAGAGAAAAAGAUCGAAAGACUAAAAUCCGAAGAACGGGCUGCCGUUGAACAAUUGCGCCUUGCUGACAGGGAGAGGGAGCAGCUUGAUGAGGAGCUCAAGCUGUUAGAGGCGGAAGAAAAAGCGCUGGAGGAAGAGGAGGCUGAAUUUUGGCGAUCACACAAUGAGCACCUCCUGGUCUUGGCAGAACAAGCCUCACGUUUAGCUUCACUGCGUGCAGCGUAUGCUGCAGAUUACGCUACGCUCGAGAAGCUCGAGCGCACAAACGUUUACAAUGAUGCGUUUUGCAUUGGUCAUGAUGGCGUCUUUGGAACAAUCAAUGGCCUCAGGCUUGGGCGGGUUCCCGGAGUCCCAGUUGAAUGGCCCGAAAUUAAUGCAGCAUGGGGUCAGACCCUUCUCUUGCUAUAUACGAUUGCACGGAAGCUUGAUUACACAUUCGAGAAGCAAGUCAGAACUCAAUAUCGCCGUCUAUGCAUACUGAGGAUCAUUUACAGCUACCGUUUGAUCCCAAUGGGUUCAUUCUCGCGCAUCGAAAGAACUGUAGGAGAUAAAGCGACAUACGAACUGUACGGGUCGGGUGAUCUCCACCUCGGUCGCCUGUUACAUAACCGUCGGUUUGAUUUUGCUAUGGUAGCGUUCCUAGAAUGCUUGAAACAACUCAUAGAUUCCGUCAAGUCUCAGGACCCUACUAUUGAAUUCCCCCAUCAAAUUGUCAAAGAUAAGAUAGGGGAAGCGUCUGUAAAACUUCAGUUCAGUCAGGAAGAGGCUUGGACUCGAGCGUUGAGACACGUUCUGCUUGCGCUGAAGAUUGUCUUGAAGUGGACGACUAAUGGCGGUAACGGCUAA